UACAAACUGUGUCAUAGUAUUUUGGCAAUAAGCUUGAUCAAACUGCUGUAAUACAGCAGCUACAACACUAUAAAAAAAAUAAAAAAGUAUAAAGAGUCAAGUCAAGGGAGACAAUUUGAAAAUAAAGUGUAUUCGUGUUAAUUUUACGAAAUUUCUGUAGAUAGUCAUGUUGAAGGAUAAAGGACAAGUCACGUUUGAGGAUAAAUGGCCAUCGAUGCGACCAAUAGUUCUGAAAUUGUUGAAACAGGAGCCGGUAACGCAAGUAGAAUGGCAAGAUUUGUUCGUUGCAGUUCACUCUGUAUGUCUUUGGGACGAAAGAGGUCCUUACAAAUUGCGCGAUGCUUUACAGCAGGAUAUAAUGAUGUACAUAAAACAAGCACAAGCACGCGUUUUAGCUCAGAGGGAGGAUCAAGCCCUUCUGAAAGCAUAUAUUGCUGAAUGGGGCAAGUUUUUUACCCAAUGCAACUAUCUCCCCACACCGUUUCGCCAGUUAGAAAAUUCCAUAAAUAAUAUAAGCAAAGUGACCAGCUCCAACACUUCAAAUUCACAGAAAAAGAACAAUAAUAAUAAUAUAGAGGAUAGUUUGGUACGCAAGUUGAUGCUGGAUUCUUGGAAUCAGAGUAUAUUUAUGGAUAUCAAACAGAGACUCCAGGAUUCUGCAAUGAAGCUGGUACAGGCAGAGCGCAAUGGAGAAUCUUUUGACUCUCAGCUUGUGAUUGGAGUGAGGGAGUCGUAUGUUAACCUCUGCUCCAAUUCUAUUGAUAAAUUGCAAAUAUAUAGAGAUAAUUUUGAAGCAGCCUAUAUGCAAGCAACAGAAGAGUUUUAUAAACUUAAAGCUAAUGAGCAUUUGUUAGCAAAUGGAGUGCAGUCUUAUAUGAAAUAUGCUGACCAAAGGUUAAAGGAAGAGGAAGCGCGAGCUCACCGUUAUCUUGAGCCUGGCAGUGGCAGUGUGGCUGCACUUACACAGUGUUGUGAAAAAGUGUUGAUAGGAGAACAUUUGCCAACAUUAUUAGCAGAAAGCGCACCACUAAUUAAAGCUGGAGAGACCGAAAAAUUGCAGCUUAUGUUUCGCUUGUUAGACAGAAUUCCUGAAGGAGUAACACCAAUUCUUAGAGACUUAGAAGCGCAUAUAGUUUCAGCUGGGUUAGCGGAUAUGGUGGCUUCAGCUGAUAUUAUUACAACAGACUCAGAAAAAUAUGUUGAACGCUUAUUAGAUUUAUUUAAGAGAUUCAGUACUUUAGUCAAAGAUGCUUUUAUAGAUGAUCCCAGAUUUUUAACAGCUAGAGAUAAGGCAUACAAGUGUGUUGUAAAUGACACAACUGUUUUUAAGUUGGAAUUACCCUCAUCCGCACUUUUACGUGGCAGCAAAGGUACAGCUCCAGAAAGCAAGUGUCCUGAACUUCUUGCUAAUUAUUGUGAUAUGUUGUUACGAAAGACACCAUUAAGUAAACGUUUAACCACAGAGCAAAUAGAAUUAAGACUUAGAGAUGUUUUGCUUGUAUUGAAAUAUAUUGAAAAUAAGGAUGUAUUUAUGAGGUAUCAUAAGGCCCACUUGACAAGGAGAUUGAUAUUAGACUCUAGUGCUGAUUCUGAAAAGGAGGAAGACAUGGUUGAGUGGUUGCGAGAAGUAGGAAUGCCUGCAGAUUAUGUCAAUAAAUUGGCUCGUAUGUUCCAAGAUAUUAAAGUCAGUGAAGAUCUCAACACUCAAUUUAGAGGUGAAACAACUCGUCAUGAUGCUAUCAAUAUAAAGAUACUGAAUGCUGGGGCUUGGGCACGAGGUUCUGAAAGAGUAACUGUAAGUCUUCCUUUAGAGUUAGAGGACUACAUACCAGAAGUUGAAGAGUUUUAUAAAAAGAAGCAUUCUGGUCGAAAAUUACAAUGGUAUCAUCAUAUGAGUAAUGGCACAAUUACAUUUGCAAAUUCUGUAGGAAGAUUUGACUUGGAUGUUACUACUUUCCAAAUGGCUGUUCUUUUUGCUUGGAAUCAACGACCUUUGGAGAAAAUAAGUUAUGAAAACUUGAGACUCGCAACUGAAUUGCCUGACCCUGAAUUAAGACGGACUUUGUGGUCUUUAGUGGCAUUCCCAAAACUUAAAAGGCAGUUGCUUUGUUAUGAUCCAGCUGUUCAGAAUCCUAAAGAUUUUGCAGAAAACACAACCUUUUGGGUGAAUCAGGAAUUUGCACUUGUCAAGACUGGUAAACCACAAAGACGAGGCAAGAUCAACUUGAUUGGCCGACUUCAACUAAGCACAGAGAGAUCACAGUUAGAGGAUAAUCAUUCCAUUGUUCAGCUUCGUAUAUUGAGGACUCAGGAAGCUAUCAUAAAGAUAUUAAAAAUGAGGAAACGCAUCAGUAACACAGCAUUGCAGAGCGAGCUAAUCGAAAUAUUGAAGAACAUGUUCCUACCCUCCAAGAAGAUGAUAAAGGAGCAAUUAGAAUGGCUCAUAGAACACAAGUAUAUGCGACGAGAUGAUGAAGACAUCAACACUUUUAUAUAUAUGGCCUAAAAUCCUCACCAAUCAUCAAUAAACAAAAUCAAUAAAUUAUUUACUCAUUAA